UGCGAAGUAAUUAAGUUAGUUUGAGGAAAACUGUCGAUCAUGUUCAAGUUUCUUUCGGUACUGCUGUUCGUAUCAGCAGUUGCAAAGCCUGUCCAAAGAGCAACUGAUCUUUUCGAGUUGUCGGUGUUGCACAUAAAUGACUUCCACGCUAGAUUUGAAGAAACUAACGACUCUGGGGGGACUUGUAAGGAGACCGAUGUUUGCAUUGGUGGAUUUUCCAGGCUCUAUAAGGAACUUAGGACUAUUUUAGACGGGAAACCAGACGCUGUUUUACUGAAUGGAGGUGACAAUUUUCAGGGAACUCUAUGGUACACUGUUGGAAAAUGGAAUGUAACUCAACAAUUUUUGAACAAAUUGCCAUUUGAUGCCACUGUGCUGGGAAAUCAUGAGUUUGAUGAUAAAAUUGCAGGCGUUGUGCCAUUUUUAGAAAGUUUGAACCAUCCCGUGGUUGCCUCGAACAUUGAUGACAGUUUAGAGCCAACUAUCCAAGGUCUAUAUAACAAGAGUACAGUUAUUGAACGAAAUGGGAAGAAAAUCGGUAUUAUAGGAGUUAUUUUACAUAACUGUAAUGAAAUCGCCAGUACUGGUGACUUGAAAUUCUACAUGGAAUCUCCAAGUGUUAAUGAAGAAGCUGAAAGAUUGGUUAGAGAAGAAGGAGUUUUCACCAAUAUAGUAGUCUCUCACUCAGGUUAUGAAACUGAAAUAGAAAUAGCUAAGAAUGCAUCUGAAAAGAUUAGUUUAAUUGUUGGUGGACAUUCUCACAGCUUCUUAUAUACCGGAGAUGAUUCUCCAGGACCUGAUACGCCUCAAGGGCCUUAUCCUACAAUUGUUACGAGUAAAAACGGAAAAACUGUCCUUGUUACUCAAGCGUCAGCGUAUUGCAAAUAUCUAGGAAAUAUUACUGUAUUCUUAGAUGAAGAUGGUGAAAUAGCCGAUUAUUCUGGGGCACCCAUUUUCUUGUCCAAUGAUUAUCCUCAAGAUGAAGAAAUUAAUCAGGAGAUGCAACCCUGGAAAGACGUAAUAGAUGUUCUAGGUGAACAAGUGAUUGGCUCUACUCUCGUUACUCUAAGCCGGAGUAACUGUAGAUAUGCAGAAUGUACUCUUGGAGAUUUUGUAACAGAUGCAAUGGUGUACUCGUGGAUGGAUGAAGCUGAAGAAGGCUCCUGGACAUACGCUGCUAUUGGUAUAAUGAACUCAGGUGGUCUUCGGACUGACAUUCAAGUUGGAGAUAUUACAUAUGCAGAUAUGGUAACAGCCCAACCUUUUGAAAACACAUUUGAUGUAGGCGAAUUACAAGGGAUAUACAUAAAGGAGUUGUUAGAAUAUAAUACUUUACCUUACAGUUAUGGAAGGGUAUAUGUUAGCCUGAAAUUGAUGCAGUUUUCAGGUAUUCAAGUGGUAAUGAAUUUAACCCAACCACAAGGUGAAAGGGUGCAGUCUGUGAAAGUCCGUUGUCAAGCAUGUAUGGUUCCCGUCUACGAAGAUCUAGACGAGAAUAAAAUGUACAGAAUAGUAGUACCGUCUUUCAUAACCACUGGUGGAGAUGGCUACACGAUCAUUUCAGACAACCUUCAAAAUUUAAAAGUGGGGUCUGUAGACAUAGAUGUCUUCGUGAAGUAUCUAUCAGAGAAAUCACCAGUAUACCAAGAAGAGGAAGGUAGAAUUACUAUCUACGGGCAAGAGACAAUUGUAAUGAAAAAUUUAGAUAGCUAAGGUUGCAAAUAAAAAUUUAAGUUAAAA